AUGUCAUUUCCAAACAACAUCAGCUUUCAUCCCAGUACCUUUCUUCUCCUCGGCAUUCCAGGGAUGGAGGCCAUUCACACUUGGAUAUUAAUGCCCUUCUGCCUUAUUUAUUUAAGUGCUCUCCUUGGAAAUUUCUCCAUUCUAUUUAUUAUCAGAACAGACUCCAAUCUGCAUGAGCCCAAGUACUUCUUCCUCUGUAUGCUCUCUGUGGCUGACUUGAUCCUUACUGCUAUGUCCAAAAUCCUCAGCAUUUUUUGGUUCCCUGACAGGGAGAUCUACUUUGAAGCCUGUCUUGUCCAAGUAUUUCUCAUUCCAGCCUUUGAUAGAUCUGUGGCAAUCUGCAAUCCUCUGAGACAUUCCAUUAUCCUGACAUACAGAGUCAUCCAGAACUUUGGGCUGGCUACUGUCUUCUGUGGAGUUGUGCUGUUCAGUCCUCAACCCUUUAUGCUUCAGUGGCUUCCCUACUGCAGAACUAAUGUCAUCCCUCACACCUACUGUGAAUUUAUAGCUCUGAUCAAGCUGGCUUGUGCAGACACCAGGAUCUGCAGAAUAGACAGCCUAACUGCUGCCUUCCUCACUGGAGGUUUAGAUUUCAUAUUAAUCCUCUGUUCCUAUGUUGUCAUCCUUUACACUGCCUUCCAUCUUCCAUCUGAGGUUGUUCAGUUCAAGACCCCAUGCACUUGUGGAUCCCAUGUGUGUGUGAUCCUGGUGGCCUAUACUCCAGCCUUUUUAUCCUUCCUUACUCACAGGUUUGGGCACCACAUGGUUUCUCAUAUUCACAUCUUUGUGGCUAACAUCUAUGUCCUCAUCCCGCACAUGGUGAACCCAAUAAUCUAUGGCAUAAGAACCAAGAGGAUCAGAGAACUAUCUCUCCAACUUUUGACUUCUCACAAAUUCUAA